AUGUUUCCUAAUCUUAAUCAAUCACAAAUAGAUGAGCUUGAUCAUAAUAAUUCCAAUGAUAUUCAUUUAUUGAAUUCAUCAUCUUCUGUGACAUUAUCAUUUUCUUCAAUGUCAUUCACUUCAUCAAAAUCGACACCAACGUCGUCGUCGUCGUCAUCAUCCUUAUCUCCUUCGUCUGUCACUUCACCAACAUGUUUAACUGUAUCAUCAAUUCAUGAAAUCUAUCAAUGUCGUUCAUUUAUGAUACACGAUAUUUUAGAUAAAUCUAAACAGACUACUUAUAAUACUACUAUGAAUAAUAAAGAUAAACUAUACAAAUCAUAUAAUGAACAAAUUAAAACAUUUCCAAUGAUCAAACCAAUUAUAAAUGAUUAUGAACGAAAUGAUAAAUAUCAUAUGAAACGAAAAUAUACUAAUCAUAAUCAUGAGAAUGAUCAUGAUAAACGUGUAGUUACCACAGCAACAACAACAACCACUACCACCACCACAACAACAACACCAUCCUUGAUGACAGUAAAGGAAGAUUGUAAUUCAUAUAUGAAUGUAGAUCAUAAAAAUUUGUCAAUAAAUCUUACAAAAUAUCAAUCAUAUGAACAAUAUAAACAAUCUAUGAAUGAUACAACACAAUUGAUAGAAGGGAAUGUAAAACAACUUUAUACUGUAACAGGUUUCAAUGAAAUUACAACGAAUUCAGAGAAUACUCAAUUCAUUCUAUCAACAAUAAAUAGUCCAAAUAGUUUAAAUACAAAUGAUGAAAAUCAUAAAGAUAAUGAAUUACAAGAAGAUAAUAGUGAUGAUGAUAAUGAUGAUAAUGAUGAUGAAUAUUCUGAAAUGAAUUCAAAUGGAUCUUUAUAUUCAACGCAUUCAAUAGAUCCAUAUCAUAAAUUAACAUUCAUCAAGAAAAAAUCAAUAAUCUCAUCAAAAUUUGAACAUUCCAAUGAAUUACAUCGAUCAUAUCAUCUCCAUUAUCAUGAUCAUGAUCAUGAUCAUGAUCGUCAUCAUCAUCAUCAUCAUCAUCAUAAAGAAUAUGAUCUUAAUGAUGAAAUGAAUAAAUCGAAGAAACCUCGGAAAUCUAGAACAGCAUUUACUGAUUUACAAUUAAAUGAAUUAGAGAAAAUGUUUGAUCAUCAAAAAUAUUUAAGUGUACAAGAUCGUAUUGAAUUAGCUGAACGAUUACAUUUAACGGAUACACAAGUUAAAACAUGGUAUCAAAAUCGUAGAACAAAAUGGAAACGUCAAACUGCUGUCGGUUUUGAAUUACUCGCUGAAGCUGGUAAUUUUGUAGCAGUUCAACGUAUUUUACAAACGAAUCCAUAUUGGGCAUAUCAUCCAGCAGCACAAACUAUUCUAGCUAAUAUGGAAGCAAUAAUGAAGAAGAAAACUGAUUUCAAUAUUACUGAUGAAUUAAAACAAACCAAUCAUAAUGAUAGUAAAAUGAAUUAUUUUAAACAAAUGAAUCAUAAUGAACAUAUUAAUAUCAAUACUACUAAUAUUAGUAGUAGUUCUACUACCACUACUACUAACACUACUACUAUUACUACUAAUACUACUUAUAAUCAUCAUUCAAGAUUAAAUGAUCAAGAUUCACUUUCUUUUAAAUCGAUUGAAUUCAAUCAUCAAAUACCAUCUUCAUCCUCAUCCUCAUUAUUAUUCCAAUCAAAUGAUCUUAAUCAUCAAUUAGAAAAUUGUUCAAAACUAAAUUCAUCAAUGAAAUUACCAAUCACUAUAGGAACUUCUACUUUCCCAUUAAGAACUACUACAAUAGAUCAUCAAUUGAAUACUACUACAACGACUGCUGCGACGACGACUACUACUACUACGACGACGACUACAAAUGCAGUAGAUAGUACAUCAUUAGUGGAACUUCCAGAUUGGUGGCCUUUUAAAUCAACCAUAAAAGAUUUAAUACAAUAUCAAAAUACAUUAUCUUCUUCUUCUUCUUCUUCUUCAACUAUUACCACUCCUACUACUACUCUGACUAAUCCUGCUAUCUCAACAUUAUCCUAUUGUCCUAUAGUGAAUUCAUCUCUCAUAGAUACAACUAAAUUAUUACAAUUGGAUUUACCAAUGAAUUCAACAAUAUCAUCAUUCAAUAUACAACCUUAUACAUCAAUGAAUCUAUGGUCAACAUUCAAUACAAAUGAUCUAUUAUCUAUUACACAAAAUAUACCAUUAUUUAAUAAUUUAUUACGUCAUCCUUGUAUCAUAACAAAAGAUUAA